GCUUGAAGAUUCUCUUCAUUACAUCAGUAUGUUACACACCAUGCUGCACAUAGAUUUUCUAAGCGCGCUUCGCUUUCUUAUAGGCGUGUGGGGUGAAAUGUACAAAUAAAAAAAUGAAAUUUCUUGAAAAAAAUUCUGAUGUUUGAAUUUUGCAAUUUAAUGUGUUUUUGCGAUACUGUUCUGCUCGAUAAAGCGUCAUAUAUUUUACUGUGAAAAGUCUAUUUUGAACGGCCGACCAAAUUGAAAAAUACGUUACAUUGAAAACGAUUUUAAAUGAUUUUCUUUUAGGCCAAUGACGAUGUUUAUCAUAUAAUUUAAAAUUUAAAAAAAAAUUCCAUUGCAAUUACACUCGAUCCUUUUUCGACUAUCUCUUUUGACUGAGGAUUCAGUAUUAAUCUACAAUGUUUUGCCAAAAGAAAAUCGGGGCAAGUUUUCAAUUGUAGAAUUUUUAAUUAGAACGCAGUAAAAUUCCUUAAUAUUCGAAAAAGUUGCAGGUUCUUCUCAAGUACAAAAUAAAGACAGAUAUUCAAAUCAAUAGCUCGAUAAACUUGUGAUCUAAUUCGUAGUGAAGGGACAAUUUUGUAUUCUGUGAACGUGAAAAGUGCGUUUCUGUAUAAUUAUUUCAAUAAGUAGGUAUAUAACAAAAUUACUUUCAAGUACCUAAUUCUUUUACCUAAAGUGUCCACGAAAAAUAUUAAAAAACUUUAUUUUGGUACAAGAAUUCGUUUUCAAUAGAUAGAUUAGUGCUAUUAGCAUUUUCAAGUGACCUUUCACCAGAUCUAUAAGUUUGUGUUGAUUAAUUUAAUAAGAUGACUUCAAGUUCAACUGACAUCACAUACACAGCAAGUGGUUUUUAUGAUGAUUGUAUUUUACUCUUAGAUUCAUUCAAAAACAAAGAAAGUAUUAGAUACGAUGAGUUUUGUAAAACAUGGUGCGAAUUAAAGUUCUCAUUGAUUUUCCUAGGUCGAAGAUCUUAUGCUGACAUGUUGGAAUUUUGUGAAGAAGUGUUAAUCAUAGCUAAACACUUUAUUACUUCUUCUUCAGAUCUUCCUACUCAACUGAGUGGGCUUUAUCUGUUGUACAGUUUAUAUUAUAAAAUACCAAUUGAAAAUAUAAAAAUUCGUGUAACUUACAAUGAAUGGCAACAAUUUUUAGAUCUUCAUGAAGAAAUAAAGGAUAAACAGUUACAUGAUGCCAGCUUUAUUUUUGUAAAAUUAAUAGUUGAUGAUGCAUAUUAUUUCUGCAUUUUUUCCAAUGAGUACGGUCUAGAACGGUGCUUCAUUAAAUCUUACACAGAGUAUGCUAAUAACAAUCCAUUUUCAAAUUUAAAUAACAUGAUAAAUGAAAUUGAAAAUGGAGAAUUUUCAAAGAUACAACAACUCAGUGAAUUGUAUAAUAAAAACAAAGUCAAACUAUCUAAUGUGCUUUCAUUGAAAAAAUUGCAACUAUUUGAUAAAAAUUUGGUGCAUGAAGUAAUAAAUGAAGUUGAACAAUUACAAGAUAAAAGACAAGAAUUUACUGGAACUAAGAGUAAAAAAAAAUUGCGAGAUCUUGCAUUUGAUAAUAAAUUAGAAAAGUCAAAGUAUACCGAUGAUAAAAUUAGAGCAAAAUUGGGUCAUGGUUUUGAUACAGAUUCAUCUGAUGAUGAAAAUGUAAGUCUGCAAUCUGUGCUAGAGGAGACUGAAAAUGGAAGAAAUAAAACUAAUUUUGACAUUAAAAAUAUUCUUAAUGAUGAUCGAAGUGAAGAAUCUGAUACUUGAAGACUGACUGUAUUAUAUUUCAUAAUUUCAUUAUUUUUGUAAUAAAAUAUUCCAAUAAGAUUUUAGCUUUAAACAAUUU